AAAAUAUGAGUGGCCGUGGUAAUCGUAAAAGGGGAAGACCGCCAAAGACCCCGAAUGAAAGAGCAGCUGGUAGCAAAUUUAACUAUCAACUUCUUAAGAAGCCUAAAUAUCUAAGCAAGAACAGCGAUUCACAAAGCACGCCGUCGGCAUCGAGGGCUUCCUCCCCACAAGAGAGCGAUGGGAGUCGCAACAACAGGAAAAAUGUAAACAGGAGUCGGGGUCGUGGACGUAAAUCUAACGCAAAUAAUUCAUACUCCAAUAGAAAAAGUUACGAAUCUGAAUACCACUAUGGAUCUGAUUUUGGAGACUCGACGGACAAAAGCGACGACGAAGAUAUUCUUAUGUCCCACUCCGAAGAUGAAACCAUAGAUGGAGGAAACGAAAGCGAAUCUGAGUUCUCAAUAUGCAGUUUUAACCAAACCGGUUUGGGAAGACCGCCACGACCUCCUAGCCCUGAUCCAGUAUGGUUACAAGAUCGGGAAUUUGAAUCAUUGGAGUUACCAGAAUCGUCCCAUGAUUUGCUUAUAGAAGGUGUUAUGGUAAUGAGAGCUCUUGGAGUAUACGAAGUUCUUAGGAGAUUUCGUCAUUUGGUACGGCUUUCCCCAUUUCGCUUCGAAGAUUUUUGUGCCGCUCUCGUAUGUGAUGAACAGAGUGCCCUGCUAACAGAUAUUCACAUAAUGCUUCUCAAAGCAAUUUUGAGAGAAGAAGAUGUGCAAGGAACCCAUUUUAGUCCAUUGGACCAGAAAGAUAGUGUAAACAUUAGCUUAUACUUGAUUGAUCCCAUUACAUGGCCCGAGGUUUUAAGAAGUUAUGUUGAAAGCGAUGAACUCUUUGAUCGAGAAAUAUUUAACAUAUUAUCAAAUGGGGAAUAUCCCUAUACUGGCAUUGAAGAUCGCGUUCGAGUUUUGCAGUUUUUAACAGAUCAGUUUCUUACGACGAAUGCAAUCCGUGACGUAAUGUUGCAAGAGGGACCCAUUCAUUAUGAUGAUCACUGUCGUGUAUGUCAUCGCCUCGGCGAUUUAUUAUGUUGCGAGACGUGUCCUGCCGUCUACCAUUUAGAGUGUGUUGAGCCACCAAUGUUGGACGUACCGACCGAAGACUGGCAAUGUGGCAUUUGCAAAGCACAUAAGGUGAGUGGUGUUGUGGAUUGUAUACUGUCCCAGGAGAAGCAAGGAGUUUUGAUUCGUCAUGACGUGCUAGGGUUAGAUCGGCAUGGUCGGAAAUUUUGGUUUAUAGCUCGAAGAAUAUUUGUAGAAGAUCAAACUGGCGAGCAUGUGUGGUAUUACAGUACCACUUCCAAGUUUGAAACACUUUUAAAACUACUGGAUGGUGAGGAUUUGGAAACAAGACUUUAUUCACAAUUAACAGAAAUAAAAGACGAAAUAAUGAGGCAACUAAAGAUAACUGAAACGCUCACAAAUGAAUACAAAAAUCAUAAAAAAUCAUAUCUAGAAAUUGAAAACGAACAACAAAGUAAGGACGGUGACAAUCCGGAAAAAACUGAUGGUUGUGAUGAAGCUGCUAAUGAAACAUCAAAAACUGGCAUGGAAAGCAAAGUAAUAACUAGACAAAAGUCAUCUCAAAUAUCGAGCGGUAUACAAUAUUUUAAACUUGGAAUGGAGAAUUCCUUUAAAACAUAUGUCAACCAGUACACUUCCAACCCCAUUGCUUUGAAUAAACCGCAAAGGAAUGAGGAAAGAGACAAAAGAAGGCAUUUAUCACACAAAUUUUCACUUACAACUGCAUCCGAAUUUAAAUGGAUGGGAGUUACAAUGGGAACUGUGGAUAACAUUAUUUCAACACUGCGCCAAACACUACUAACAUUUGAGCAGAAUAUCGUAUCUUCAUUUCUAAAUCCAAACUGGGGAUCCAUAAAGAAAUUAUGGAGUUCCGCCGUUAUGUCAUGUAAGACGGCGUCUGAUUUUGCACUUGUAUUACUAUUGUUUCAAGCCUCCAUUAAAAAUGUAGUUUUUGCCAAUGUGUGGCAUGAACAGUUAGGCCAUACAACAUUAAGGCGUAUAACAGCUGCGGAACGUGAAGAUCGCAAAAAAAUUGAAAAACGAGAAAAGAGGGAAAGGGACGACGAAGAAGAACGUUAUCGUAUGGCUUUUAAUUAUAUAAAAUACACCCUUGGUUUAAAACACCAAGUGUGGAAACAGAAGGGCGAAGAAUACCGAGUUCAUGGCCAAUGGGGAUGGAUGUGGCUUUCGUCUAGUCGACGUUGUGGUCGAAUGCGCCGCUUGAGAAUACGUGAUCAAGCCAUGUUACCGUACAAAAUGAAAGUUCACUACUCAAACGGGCAGGAAGUGAAUGAAAUUGUGACGGUUGAUCCGCGCACGUACAAAUUUAUUUUACAAUGCGAAAAUAAUUCCAAACAAGGACAUGACUACUACUAUAUGGAUAAUUAUAAAAACGUAAAGGUUCAUUCGAUUGACCACGCAGAAAUUGGUACAAUAGAUGUGUCCAAAUCACUUUCAACGCCUGGUAGGCUUUUGUAUCCAAAGGUUGCUAAAAAGUCGUACUUAGAUGAUUUGUUGUCACGACGUCUUCAGCUGAAGGAGGCUGAGGAACUAUUAUCUCUAAAACCUGAGGACACGGUGGCUGGCGAUUCAAAAACACCGAUUUCAAACAACGGUGCAUCAUCAUCGAUAAGAGUUUCCACAUCAAAGCCAUCAUUUCUCGAGAAACGAUUACUUCGGCUGGUAGAGUCACAGAAAAGCGGAAUUUCUCAAAACAAUGCGUCAGUCAAUAUAGAUGUUGUCAAUUCCUUAGCCAAAAAAAUUCAAAGUGUACGUCUGCAGUUCAGUCAGUUAAACCGAUUUGCAAAGCAAUACCGAUGCUAUACCAAGGAAUGUAACACAAAUUCUAAUGCUGUUUCUCAGAUAACACAAAAUACUUGUUAUUCCCCACUUUGUCUGCAAAAGGCAAGAGCAAAAAAAGAACUUUUGUUACUGCUUCGUAAAGCACAUGCAGCAGGAAAAGGUUCUAAGGAAACAGUCGCAGCCAUUCUUGGUGCUGUUAAGAAACCAUCUAUUCUUGAACAAAAAUUGACAGAAGGCAAAAAAGAUAUAUCGUCUUCGCCAGAUGAGUACGACGAUCAGAAAUGGCCGGAAGAUACACCAAUGGAUUUGAUAAGUGAUUGGGAGCAGGCUCGCAGUACAGCAAUUCCCUUUGAUGACAAAGUUUUGCAAGAAUGUUUCAUUAAUAGUACUGCCGAAGACAACGAACAGUCAAAGAUGACUGACAAAAUAAAAACGGAAAUUGAUAAUGCAGAUAACAGCUCCACUGUGUUUAGUAGUGAUGAGAAAAUUGAUUUCAUAGAUAAUAUGGAUGUUUGUAGUAAUGUGGAGAUAGAAAGUUCGGAAACUACAAAUGACGGAUCAUCGUCAGCAGUUGUAAAUAUUGGAUCUGUGGAUGAAAUCAAUGAUUGUCAGCAAGGAAAAAAGAGUAAAAAGGCAACCAAAGCUAGAACAAAAGCAUACAUUGGAACUAAGGACGUUCUUGAUCAGACUCUGGUUAUGGACGUUUCGCAAAAGAAACAAAAUCGGAGGUUUCCCAUUCUCCCCCGCAUUCAAAAACGGGAAGACGUAAAGUUUGAAAAAGAAUUUUAUCCCAAUGGAAAAGAACGCAUUUAUGGAACAGUCUCUACAAGAGGUAAGGUGUAUUUGCACCAGGAUAUUUCAAAACUGGCACAAUCUGCGAACCAAGGAGAUGGCAAAGAGGAUGCAUCAACAAAACAGACCAAUAGUUCAUCAUAUUCCAAAUUUCCCCUCAUAUCAAGUUUUUUAACACAUAAGCACAAAAAAAGUUUAUUGACACUACCGCGCUUCGAACUUCUGCGCAUAGCACGCGUUGGAGGAAAAAUUCCCGCAAGUGGUUUUCAUCAUUUGGCAAAAAAUAAUCAACUUGUUUGGCCAUAUCCUUGCUCUAGGCCACUCUUUAAAACUUGUUGGUCAUUCAGAACGUCAAACGUUUCCACACUUUCAGCCAUAGCGCUGCAACUAAGAAUAUUAUGGUCUUGUUUGCGAUGGGAUGAUAUGAUCGCAAAACCCCCUUCUGCAGAUGGCAAACAUCAAAUGAAUACUGAAACAGAAAUAGUUACAUUGGAACUCUUGAAGUUAAAGAAUUUCGGUAGAUAUGGUGAACGAACACAGUAUUUAAGACGAAAGGUUGUUAUACCACUGGAAAUGCCGAAAACAAUUAGAGAGGUGACCUCUAUAAGGUCCGGCUUACGCAAAAGAAAGCGCGCUGAAUCGCCCCAACCAACAGAGCCGCAAGUUUCAGAAGAGUGGGUGGAGGAAGACAAGUUGGAGUUAUGGGAGAUUAAAUUCAUUGGAGAAAAAAUGGAGAAAGCCAAACUUAUGGCGACGACACGAUCUAUAUCACAACAAAGGCAAAAUGAUUCGUCCUCUGGUAAUGGAUCUGUUAAUAGCAAUUGUGGUCUUAACAAGAGUCUAGCGGUAAAUAAGAACACAGGAGAGGAAACAAAGGACAAAAAUGAACAACAGGCAAAAGUACAAAGAAUAGCUAUUAAUCAGCCGAAGAAAUUGCCACAUGAGCUGGCAAGGUCCUCUGUUUCACAAGCUAAGGGUCAAAUAAUUGGAAGCCGGCGGGUUAUUGUUAAGAACCCAGAUGGUACAACGAGAAUAAUACAGCAAGCCGUUUCAUCUCCAGCAUCUAGAACGAAUAACACUACUAGUACUAGCGCAGUAAGGAAUCAAACACCAAACAACACUCCUGGUGCUUCUUCAUCGCAACCAAGCCCUCAACAACAUAAAGUGCAGAUUAUUCGAGGACCUGAUGGAAAAGUUAGUGUCAGAGGACUUAGUCCCGGUCAACAAUUAAUUCAAAUGCCUGAUGGUAAACUACAUGUUCUUACCACAACCAAUUCUUCGGCGGGUACAAAUUCAAGCCAGACUAUAUUAAACAAGAAGUUACCCGUGAAAACAUCAGCAAUAGCACAAUCAAGUAAUUCACCAUUGGUAAAACAAGUAACCGUGAAACAAAUUUCAAAAAGUAACUCAGUUGCCGGCGUUCAUACGGUACAGAAGGUAAUUUCCAAUCCCAUCAGAACUACGCCAAACAAGCUUACAAAUGCAACAAUAAAUCAACACAAUUCAACUUCACCCGUCGUUCAUAAAGUAGUUUCUAAUGUAGUACAAUCUAAUGGGGCAAAUACAAGUAAAAUUGUAGGAAGUAGUAAUCAAGGAAUGCAACAACUGAUUGUCCAGCCAGGUCAGAAGUUAUUGUUGGGUCAGAAUGCACAGGGUCAAAAAGUUAUAAUUCAACCAACGCAACAACAAUCUACAGCCGCAUCCUUAUCGAAUAUACCACAGACGAUACCAUCACAAGGUCCAAAUAAUCAUCAACAGGGUAUUGUUAGUCCAAAUACUAUUGGUGGUGGAAGUCAAAUUAAUCUCGAAACACAUGCGCCACAAAAGGUCAUCCAACAAAUAGUAAAUACAAGCAAUGUUCAACAACAAAUUGUUGUAGGCGGUCAGCGAAUAAUACUGAGCCCAGGACAAACAAUUGUAACGCAAAGGUCAGUACCGGUUCAAAAUCCAAGUGUGCAAGUUAUACAAUCACCAAUACAAAAGAAUCCAACACAAACUUCUGGAAAUGUUGUGCAAAAUUUGUCGACUGGUACAGCUAAAAUUGUUAAGCAAUUGAUUGUUCAUCACACCACAUCAAACACAGUUGAAAAUCAAAAUAACCACAACUCUCCAAAAACGCCUCAAGCUGCAGUCAACACAAAUACAGCUAACAGUACAACCACGUCAAGUAUAACGAACAACCAGCAGCAAAUUAUUGUACAAAAUUCCACAUUAGCUCAACAAUUAGCCCAAGGCAAACUCCAGGUUGCUACAAUCAAUGGCCAACAAGUAAUAAUAAAGCCAUUAGGGAACAAUCAAGCCCAAAUAGUUGCACAUAUAAAAACACAAAGUGAUGGAAAUUCCCAUAUUGUAACAAGUUCUCCGCCGGAAAAUCAAAUUUCUCCAGCGAAAACGAUGUCGUCUCCAUCAACGCAACAAAUUCAACAAGAGACUCAACCUUCGCCGCAAAUUGUUUCACCACAGCAAGUUCAGCCCCCUACACAUUCAAUGUCCAUAGAAGAGAGCCUAUUACAAGGCCAACCUCCUGGCACUGUUAUUAAAUGUGUGACGGCUCAAGUAAUUCAAACCGAUCAAGGGCCAAGAAUAGUAUUGCAGGGCCUUGUUGGAAAUGAUUUUACCCAACAACAAUUGGCAUUAGUACAACAACAAGUAAAACAACAAUUAUUAAAAGCUCAAGAAUCUAGUGGUAAGCAAGGUGUUCUUGGACCUACAAAAAUAUAUCUAGCUGUUCAACCUUCUAAUACAAGUGGUCAACCGCCACCACUAACGCCAGUUCAUCAAACACAACAGCAAGUGACACCAAUCGAGAAAUGUAACAAUGCUGCACAACAUAUAGUUUCGAGUAGCAACAAUGUCAACUACAAAAUCCAUUCAAUUCAAGAAGAUAUAAAAACUGGAACAAAUUCGUCAGUACCAACCAUAGAAACAAACGAUAUUAAGCUUGUGACAUCGCAAUAUAUUAAUUUCUCUUCUGGAGAUCUUCUGAAUCCAAGUCUUAGUUUAACGUCAGAUGCUGAUAACAUUAAUGUGGACCACAAAAACCUAAAUUCACACGUAUCUAAUAUUCCUCAAAGCUGUGACUCCAGUAACCGAAAAUUAAACAAAAACAAUGACUAUGUAGUGCUCCAACAGACAUCUCCCAUAAAAAAAGUUAAAAUAGAAAACAAUGUUUCACCUGAUUUAAUUGCCAAGUUGGAGGGCGAAAAUAAUUGUAACUUAACAAACGACCUAAACAAAGCAAAUUUAUCGGAUGCAUUGCAGCGCCACAAGGAUACUCUUAAAAGUAACAUUUUAAAGAAACGUUCAUUACUUGAACGCAACUUGCAAAGCGAAAUAAAAGACGAGAUGUCGAAGAAGAUUAUAACAAACAAAUUUGACGAUAACGAUUUCGUUAAUAGCACUUCUUUCAUAGACAACAAAAAACCACCCAAACAAAACUCACCGAAAUCUUUUGCAAAUAAUGUUAGCAGCCACAACUCUUACAAUAAAGCAAAAAAACUGGGCAAAAAAAAGGAAAAACUGUAUUGUAUUUGCCGCACACCAUAUGAUGAUACAAAAUUCUAUGUGGGUUGUGAUAUAUGUAGCAAUUGGUUUCAUGGUGACUGUGUCAACAUUACUGAAGAGGAUUCGAAGAAACUGUCGGAAUUUAUUUGCGAUGACUGCAAAAAAGCCAGGGAUACACAAGAACUUUAUUGCUUGUGUAGGCAACCAUACGACGAGUCUCAGUUUUACAUUUGUUGUGAUAAAUGCCAGGACUGGUUCCAUGGGCGUUGCGUUGGUAUAGUUCAAAGUGAAGCAGAAUUCAUUGAUGAAUAUGUCUGUCCAGCAUGCCAAAAGAACAAUUCCGUUAAUAUGGCAAAUAUGAAAAAUUUAACUGAACACGAAACUAUUGAACUGAGUAAACUUAUUAAACAUAUUCAGGCUCAUAAAAGUGCUUGGCCAUUUAUGGAACCUGUUGAUCCAAAGGAGGCACCUGACUACUAUAAAGUUAUAAAGGAACCUAUGGAUUUAAAGCAAAUUGAAGAAAAACUAAACAAGGGCGCUUACAGCAAACUGUCAGAGUUUAUUGGGGAUAUGACAAAAAUAUUCGAUAACUGCCGUUAUUACAAUCCUAAAGAAUCAUCAUUUUACAAGUGCGCAGAGACAUUGGAGUCGUACUUCGUCCAAAAAAUUAAAAAUUUUCGCGAUAUCGUAGUUAGCCAUCAGUCCUAAAUAAAUAUUUAUGUAUAUUGUU